UCCGGGUGACAAGAUGGCCGCCUACAUGAAAUAGUUGAAUGUUUUGCCUCUUGGAAAUUCAUCGUUGCAGAAGUGUUCGCUCGCUGUUAAAUAACGGUUCAUACUGUCCUGAGAUGACAUGUGUGCACUGCAGUUUGACCUGUGACCAUGGAGACCUCAGACCCUGGCCCUGCUGAUGGAGAGGAACGCCUGAUCAUGGAACUAAGACCAAGAACCCGUUCGAACCCAGAAGGGGCUGAAGACCGAAGCGUCAGCAACAGUGCGCCCCAGCCCGCCGUGGGCAGCCGUAGUGAGGGCGAAGGAGAGGCCUCCAGUAGCGACAGCCCAGUCAGCUCUGCCGCAAUCACAGCCACAGCUCCGGCAGUUGCUCCUGCUGCCUCCACCACCAGUGUGCCCACAGUGGCCUCUCCAGCAUCAGCUGUGAAAGAGAGGCCAAAGCCUGCGCUACCUCUCCAAAGUCAGGCACUAACUCAGCCCCCGGUUGCAGACCUCCAGUUGAGAGCUCCCCGGGUUAACUGCCCAGAGAAAGUGAUAAUUUGUCUGGACCUAUCAGAAGAGAUGUCCUUGCAGAAGCUGGAGUCCUUCAAUGGAUCAAAAACAAAUGCACUCAACAUCUCACAGAAGAUGAUCGAGAUGUUUGUAAGAACGAAGCACAGAAUUGAUAAGCGCCAUGAAUUCGCCCUGGUUGUUGUCAACGAUGAUGCCAUGUGGCUUUCAGGGUUCACCUCAGACCCCAGGGAGCUCUGCAGCUGCCUGUAUGACCUGGACACAAAUGCCUGUGAAUCCUUCAACCUCGAAGAUCUUUUAAAUCUUAUCCUGCAGAAAACAGAGCUACCGCUAAUGGAGAAUAUUCAGACCAUCCCUCCUCCAUUUGUGGUGCGGACUCUUCUCAUUUACAGCAGACACGCAGGGCAGCUGCACUUCAACCCCUCAGAAGCUGUCAGUAAGAUGCUGCAGUCCCCUUACUUCUUCUUUGACGUUAUUUAUCUGCACAAUGGAGUCGAUGAGCAUGGAGAUGAGGGAAGUUGGAAGGACAUUUAUGCGUCCUUUGGGAACCUGGACUCAAAAGGCAUGUGUUACCGGUUUGAGGUAUCCUUGUGUGGCCCAGCCAUUGAGCUGCACAACUGCAUGGCCAAGCUUCUGUCCCACCCCCUACAGAGGCCUUUCCAAAGCCAUGCCUCCUAUAGGCUGCUCGAAGGGGAUGAGCCUCAGGAGAUUGAAGCCACUGUCUGAGUGACCACCGAGGAUAUGAAAUGAUGAGGAAGCCAAGUGAUGUAGAGAACCAUACAGUCACUUUUAUAAUCUUUUGGGACUUCCUGUGUAUCAGCUGAAUUCCAUUAAAUUUUAUCUGUGAAAACCAUAUGUAACCAUGAAAGUAUCCAAUGAAGAAAUCUUGUUCCUUGCUGUAUUUCUGUAAGCUAUGAUUGUCUGUAAUCAUCAGUCAGGGAAGAUGUUCCUUGUAUGGCCCUGGCUGGCCCACCAAUAAUAGUCACAUAUUUUUGCCUCUGGUAAUGUAUAUUAUUUUUAAGAGAUGUUUUAAAACUGAUCACAUGCUUGCCUGUUUGCUGGAAUGCCAUAUAUAAGAAUACGGGUGUGAACUUCAGUUUUUACACGCUCUUAAAAGACACAUUAUACUUACUGACUAUAUGCACUACAUCCCAUUCAUCAUGUAAAUGAGUUUUAUUCAAAAGUGUCUCCAUAGUUAAAGCACUGAAUUUCUGUAUUGCAUAUGGGUCUAACAUUGUGAAAACCGAAAGAAGUAAAAACCUUGUUGUGUUUAGAAUGCAUAUAUUAACUUGUGCUGGAGGUAUGUUUAGAAUGCUGCCUGACUCAUUUUGUUAUAAUACAGGGUUCAUUGUUAAAAAAUGUGAACCUGAACAACAUGUCAUUUUUGUCAUGGGGUAAAAAGAGGUGCGAAAUUGACUUAGAUUGUUGACUGGUCAUUUGGGGGUCUGUAAAAACAGUUGUGGACUCUUGAAAUACAUAUCUUGGGUUUUUUUUAUAGCCAAUGUCUGAGGAGACCAAAUCAGCACUGUACUGGGUAUUACUGUUCCUAAUAAUGAAGUGGGGGAAAAUGUGAGCAAUGUCUUA